ACUCAGGGCAUCAAUUCAUUCACGACACUCAACAAAGAUGCACUUUAAUCUGGGAGCUGUUUUUCUGGCGAUGCUGGGUCUGCUUGCUGCUGGGCCACUCGCGCCUACCGAGGCGCGUCACCGGCAGGGACCCAUCUUCGACACGAGGCCGUCGCCCUUCAAUCCCAAUCCACCCAGGGGAGGUCCCUUUUAAGGACGACCGUGCUGCCGCUGCCGCUGCUGCUGCUGCUGCCUCUGAUGUUGUUAACACAUUUGAUUAAUUUAAUGCAAUUAAAGAAAACUGAACAUCAAAGGCGUGA